AUGCGGCGCGUGGCCAUUUUAUGGCUGACAGCGGCGAUCGCGUUCGCCGCCGAUGGUCCGCAUUUGACGACCGACGACGAGGGCCUACUCACCGUCAUUCAGGGAUUCGCCACACAGAUUCAAUGUGUGCUCAACACGUGCUCGAAUCAAGUCGUUUGGUACAAAGACGAUGUUCAAAUCACCGACGGCGCCAAAUUUGUUAAUCAAUCUCAGAAGGCGUUCAAAUUGCAGCAUUCGAUUGAGGUCGAUUAUGAGAAAGGGUGCAAAGGUCAAUGCGAUGACUCGAAACCAUGUGAAGCUGGCUACUCAUGUGUCGAUAAUCAAUGUUGCUCAUGUCGAAAGGAAGAUUUCACGCUGGUGCUGCGAAAUCUGACUUUUGAAGAAUCUGGAAGGUAUCGAUGUCAGCUUGGCAACGAGUCUGAGCUUCUUGAGUUCCAGGUUGAAGUUCUUGAAUCUGGAUUGAAGGGCGGAUUCCAUGAGAAUAUCUCGUAUGAUCAUUCGGAAUGCUGCCAACAGAAGGGAAUCUCGCCGUUGUGUCGCGGAAUGUGCAAACCAUCCGAAAUGGAUCAAUAUCAUUUCGAUCCCACGAGUUGCAAAACCGACGACUACAAGAAUUUCUUGUCAUGCGCGACGGAGAACAAUACGAGAAGUCAUGUGCACUGCUGCAAAACGCAAUUGGUGCCGAGCUUCUGCUACGAUUUUUGCUCCGGCAAUUUCCAAAUGCUCCGCCGAUCGCAUCGCUUAUGCCUUUACUAUCUUCCGGAGAUCUUCUCAUGCCUCGACCGAGCCUAUCGUAUGUUGCCAGUAAAUCGUAAUCGUAAAGACAUGCCUCGCACCAGUCCCAACGUGCACCUUUCCGCUUUCAUGAUUGAGAAGCCGAUUAUUUCAGUGCCCUAUCCGGAUCCGCCGGUUCAAAUCGAAGUCAAUCCGGUGGAGCAUGACAAGUUGUCGGUGUGUUGGCAGCCAGCUCGCACAUUCGAUUCCAACAAAAUGUUUCCCGUGCUCGAUUAUUCGGUCUACUAUAAGGAGAUCCCGAAUUUCCCGUUGCUCGGCGGCGACAUGGGCCUUCCGUUGUUGGCCGGCGAUUAUUCCGACGUUGGCGACAUUCAAGAAGACGAAUACCAGCAGGAGGACGACGACGGCGUCGAGGAAGUGGUGAAAGACGACGACAAACCGACGAGAUUCAAGCGACUCGCUGACACGAUUUCGGUGUCGGUUCGAGAGAAACGAUCGAUGAUGGUGAUUGUGACAAGAGAUGAUACCAACAAUUCGACGACGAUUCGUGAAUUCGCCUUCAAAAGUAUCAAUACGACCGAGACUUGUGCAACACUGAAAGACCUUCGAUCCGCUUCCAAAUACAUUGUCUACGUGACGGCUCGCAAUGAGUACGGCACCAGUGUGCCUUCAGUCCGCAGCAUCGCCUCGACAAAUGUGCACAUGAUUACGAAUAAUGAGACGAUUCCGGAUACUCAAAAAUGCUGCGCGGCCAACAAUGUCACUUCGUAUUGCGCUUCAAAAAUGUGCAGUGUCGUCGAGGAUCCGAACUCAUUCUCGACGAUCACUGUUGCCACAACUUGCCGCACCGAGUGGCCAAAAGUGUCGCCGUGUAUUGCCGACGGACGAAAUCACACGGAUUGUUGCGUGCGAAAGGGUGUUGAUCGCGAUUGUCUCAAAAUUUGCGCGGGAAGCACGGAAGAGCUUGGCGUCAAUUCGGUGUUGUGCCUUAAUCUCGAUCUGCAGGCGAUCUAUCAAUGCAUUCGGCAAGGAUACGAAUCGCAUCCAUCGGCCCCGGAGAAUGUGACAAUUGUCGGCACCACCGCGCACAGUGUCACCGUUCAUUGGGACGAGCCGGCGGCGAAUUCGCAUCUCGUCGAGAAUUACACGAUAUUCCUCAAGAAAAACGAGCACGGCGAGGCGGUGAAGCAGAUUGUCGGCGCGAAAUCGCCGCACACCGAGAACGGUUUGGAGGCGGACACCGAGUACGUGAUCACCGUUCAAUCGCACUCGGUGAAGGGCACGAGUCUGCCGUCGACGGCGAAAUUGUUCACCACACUGCCAACGACUCGGCCACCAUUGUGCACCAUUGGCGAGCCGAUUUACAUGCAUGACGGAAGAGUUCUGACCUGCGAUACGACUAGUCCAUGCCCCAAUGGAUUCCGUUGCACCGGCCUCAAUACGGACUUGUCGUAUUGCUGUCCCGAUGAUGGCCUACGAUCGUCGGAGGAGUUCCAGCCGUGUUGCAGAGAGCAGAAGAUGCCGGAUAGUUGCAUGUCGACAUGCUCAUACAACUCGUCGCUCACCUCCGAUUGCAAGCAGCACAUCAAUAUAUGGAUUCAGUGCGCUUCGGAAGGACGCGAUCACACGAGAUGCUGCCUCCGCGAAUCGGUGUCGAAGAGCUGUCGCACCGCGUGCGCUCAUCCGUUCACAGUUGACGCCGACGAAUGCUUCGGUGACGUCGACAAAUUUAAGGUGUGUUUCGCCGGCGCGCAUAUGCAGCUUCCAGCGGCGGUACGAAGUCUCGAGGUCACGUCGAUCACCAAAGAUUCGGCGACGAUAUCUUGGGAGGACAUCGAGUCGAAUAUUGUUGCGUUCAGAAUUCAACUAUUCGACAAAAAUGGAGGUCUCGUCAAAUCGGUGAACAGUUCUGCCGACAUUUACCGGUUUUGGGAUCUCGAUCCUCAGACCGAAUAUAAGGCUCGUGUAAUUGCAAUCAAUUUGGAAGGUGAAGGACCACCAUCGUGGAAUAUCACGUUUACGACGAAACCGGCUCAAGUGUAUGAAGCUGAUCGACCGUUGGCGCCUGAAGGGCUCCGAGUCGCGUGGAACUCGGGCCCUCGUGUCAAUGUCACAUGGAAUCGCGUGACCACUCGACGAAACGACGAUCCGAUCACGGGAGCCGUCGAGUACACCGUUUACUUCUUGGACACCGAACAAUCGACGACAUGGACGACGUUGCGGACCAAUGAGACCUGGGUUGUGAUGAGGGACCUUCGAAAGGAUGCGCUAUACUAUGUCUAUGUGACAGCCAAAGAGGACAACAAGACGAGUCGAAGCUCGUCGAUAAUCACAAUUCUUGCGCAACAGGACAAGUUUGGCUUGCCGGAGCCAACGAUAACAAUUCAACCGGACCACAAAGAUGGGAUUUACUCGCCGGGAGACAAGUUGACAAUCAACUGCUCGCUUCCGAACAUCAAAGAGAAGCAUUUGAAUAUUGAUUUAACGGUUGGACCGCAUGUGGCGCAAAACGAUCAUGGCGUGAUGUUCGUUGUUCUCGAGACGGAAGCCGAUGAAUCGAUGGACACGGCGACUUGUGCGGUAUCGGAUACCGAUGGACGACAACACGUUGCCAUGAAGCAUUUGGUUCUGGAGAAGCACGCUAGCGUCACGAUGAAGAAGGACAAGGUGAGAGUGCUCGACGAUCAAACGGUGGAGAUUGAAUGCAUUUAUCGCGGAAUCGCGCGAAAUCCGAUCAUUCGUUUCGAGAAGGACGGAAAACGCGCGACGCGCGGUUAUUUGACGUUGAAAAAAACAGAAGCCGGCUAUGUGGCGAAAUGGCACAUUCGAAAAGUGAAGGCGUCGGACGCGGGCUUCUACAAGUGCGUCGUCGAAGCGGUCGGACAGAACAAGUUGGAAGCGCAAUCGGAGGUGAUAUUCAGCACCGAGACGCUUCCCGUCAAUCCGAAGCUCAUUCUGCAAUGUUGCGAAGAUGAGGGAAUCACUGGCGAUUGUCUACAGGCGUGCUCGAUUGGUCGUCCGUCGUCAACAUUCAAGGGUCAGAAUUGCACACGAUUCGCCGCGUCGCUUCUCAAGUGCGCCAGCGAUGUGCGCGAUCAUUCGGAUUGCUGCAUCGCGAACGGCGUUUCGGCGAAAUGCCUUCCGUUGUGCUCCGGCGACAGUUUUUCGCCGGAUGUCGAUUGUUCGGAGCACGCCGUCACGAUCAUGUCGUGUUUCGUCAAAGGCAACGAGCACAUUCCGUUGGAAGUGACGAAUGUUCGUGUGAAAUCGACGGAAGGCAAAGACGCCGUCGAGGUCGAAUGGGACUAUCCGCCGACGCGCGACUACAAAUAUUUUGCCGUCUAUUAUCGAAAAAAGAAUGAUGAGGAUUCGGAUUGGAAGAUGCAGAAGAGCCUUCAACAGACGAUUGAGCUUGAAAUCGAUCCAUCUGAAGAGUAUGAGAUUGGAAUUCUCGCGGCGAACGCGUUGGGACACUCGCCGCUCGUCUAUUCGAGCAUUCCGAAGAAUACGAUCGCUCGAAGGAGCUCGUCGAAGGGAUCAUCGUCGGCCUUCUGGAUCUUCGUUAUUCUGCUAGUGUGUGGAUCAGUUAUUGGAGUAAUGGCGGUGAUGGCGAAACGACGCGAAUUGCCGUAUCCAUUCGGGAAGCUGAUGCGUAGACGCAACAACUUCAAUCAGCCGACGGUGGCGUUCGAGAAUCCGGCGUACGGCAACGAGGUGGAGAUUCGCGGACUCGGCGAGCCGACCGGAUCGUCAACGGCGGCGUCGACGACGGCCGGCGAUUGGCAGAGUCCGAGUCUCGAAGCGAACUCGAACGAUAGUGGACACGAGUAUCGCAACGGAAUGCGCUACGCGAAACUUGAUACCUAA